UGUUAACCGGACAUGAAGAAUAAUUGCUACCAUUAUUUGGCUCAUCCAUUCUUUGCCAUAUAGUAUUACACAAAAACAAACAAAAAUUUCUUUGCCAUUUACAUUUUCAGUAAAGCUGCAGCUUUCAAAUACAGUGCAUAAUCUUGACUCUCAAGUUAUUUUUUCAUUGUUCAUAAGUAGCCUACUUACUUGAAAGAGUGUGAAAAUGAAAUUUAAUUAUGUUAAAGUUGGAUUUCUUUGUGUUUUGAGCUUAUUUCCACUCUAGUUGAUUACCAAAGCCAGUCAUUUUUUGCAGGUUUAAGAUGUAGCAGUACUGAAAAUAUAAGCAUGGGAGAGCAGAGAAGAAUCAGUGGAGGAGGGGAAGUGCUCAUAACAGUUUCAUCUGGCUCAAAAGAACCAGAUAAGGCUGAUACUUGUCCGACCAAACCGAGUUCUAUGAGCAACUCUUUAUCUGAGGCAUCAAGGACAAACUCCUUUACUCCGAAAACGCGGCAGAUGGUGUCUCCUGGUGAGCCUGCAGAUGAUGAGGAUGGAGUGGAGGAGGAUGUCGUCAAGCAAGUUGAAUCGAGUCAAGAGAAGCGUAAGAGAGUAGGUAUUAAGGCUGUGAUUCAAGGGAUUGCAUUUGUGUGGCUUGUUGGGUGCUUGGUGGCAAGCUUGACUGCUGAGAAACUGAAAAACCCCAUGAUUUGGGGCUUGGAAUUCUGGAAAUGGUGCGUGCUUGUGCUGGUUAUAUUGUCUGGCAUGUCAAUCACUAAUUGGAUUAUGCAGUUUAUUGUUUUUCUGAUUGAGAGGAAUUUUUUGCUAAAUAAGAAAGUACUCUAUUUUGUUUAUGGGCUAAAGAAGAGUGUUCAAGUAUUUGUUUGGAUUGGUUUGGUUCUUCUUGCCUGGGAAUUUCUAUUUACUCCUGGAAUUACGCGAUCUAAGACUGCCACCAAGUUUCUAAAAUUUGUUACUUGGACUCUUAUUUCACUUCUUGUUGGGUCAUUCUUGUGGUUAGUGAAGAAUUCAUUGUUACAGAUUUUAGCAUCUAAUUUCCAUGUCAACAGAUUCUUUGAUAGAAUCCAAGAAACAGUCUUUUGUCAGUAUGUUCUGCAAACUCUUUCGGGGCCUCCACUCAUAGAAGAGGCCGAAAGGGUUGGAAAAUCGUCUAGCACAGGUGAACUGAGCUUCAGGAGCACCAAAAAGGGAAAAACAAAGGAGAAUAAGGUGAUUGAUAUGGGAAUGGUUCAUAAGAUGAAGCAAGAAAAGGUUUCAGCUUGGACCAUGAAGGUUUUAGUUGAUGCAGUCACAAAUUCAGGACUUUCUAUAAUCUCUAAUACAUUGGAUGAGAGUGUUGGUGAAAGGAACAAACUGACUGAUAUGGAGAUUACCAAUGAGAUGGAAGCAACUUCUGCAGCCUGUCACAUUUUCAGGAAUGUUGCGAAGCUUGGUUGGAACUACAUUGAUGAGGAGGACCUUUUAAGGUUCGUGAUUAAGGAAGAGGUGGAUCUUGUUUUCCCGCUGUUUGUAGGAUCCGAGAAUCGACAAAUUGACAGAAAAUCUCUAACAGACUGGGUGGUUAAGGUUUACAAGGGUCGGAAAGCUCUUGCGCAUGCUUUGAAAGAUACCAAAACAGCAGUGAAACAAUUGAACAAACUUGUGACAGGGAUUGUGAUAAUUGUGACCUUUGUUAUUUGGCUUAUUUUGAUGGAAAUUGCAACUACUAAAAUACUCGUAGUUCUCUCAUCACAGCUUUUAGUUGCAGCCUUCAUCUUUGGGAAUACCUGCAAGACCAUAUUCGAAGCAAUAAUAUUUGUUUUCGUGAUGCAUCCGUUCGAUGUUGGAGAUCGGUGUGUUGUUGAUGGUGUACCUUUGUUGGUGGAGGAAAUGAACAUAUUAACGACGGUUUUCUUGAAGCUUGAUAACGAAAAGGUCUACUAUCCGAAUGCUGUUUUGGCUAAGAAGCCGAUCUCCAAUUUUUACAGAAGCCCUGCCAUGGGUGACACUGUGGAAUUCUCAAUUGAUUUUGAAACGCCAACGAAAAAGAUCCGAUUGCUGAAAGAUGAAAUCAAGCAUUACUUGGAGAGCAAUCCUCAACACUGGCAUCCUAAUCACAGUGUGGUGGUGAAGGAAAUUGAGAAUGUGAGCAGAUUAAGAAUGGCUCUUUACUGUAAUCACACAAUGAACUUCCAAGAAUUCAGGGAGAAAAACAAGCGUCGAACUGAACUUGUCCUUGAGAUAAAAAGGAUUUUCGAAGAGUUAAGUGUAAAAUACUAUCUUGUGCCCCAACAAGUUCAUCUCCGCCGCAUAAGUGGCGGAGUUGCUCACAGGCGGACCCGUAUGCCCGCAUUGAUCAGAGUUGGUCGGAGACGUAAAUUUCUUUAGAAAAAAAAAGUUUCGCCCUUAUCGGUAUGAAGAAACUAAAUUUCUUCCUUUAUAGUUCUCCUCCCUCAGCAACUUUUUGGCUGCACCAUUGCGCCAAAUCGGAACAGAAUCAACAAUUGUAACCAAGAUGUCAUUCUCAUUUUCUGUCCGUUAAUAGUCUGCAAUUUGAUAGCAAGAAAAUCGAGUUGCUCGGAAAUCAGUUUACUUCGUUAGCAAGUUAUAAUCUCUGAUCAUAAAGAGAUUGACUUUUGUAUCAAAAGUUUGUUCUUCUUCGUUUUUUUCAUUUUGAUUCAAAUUUGUUUGUUCUAAUACUUAUGUUAUCUCCAUAAUUCAGGACAUGUACCUUACUUA